AUGAAACUGCUGGCAGAAGCUGAUAAACCAGGAAGCCUUAUCAAAAACUACAUGACUCAGUUAAGUUGUAUGUUGUCAAGCAAAGCAACAAAUCUUGUGUUCCUCCAAGCCCACCUCAGCAGGUUCCAUCAUCACCUCAAGGAGAUUCUCAGCCAUAAGAGGAUUGCCAUACAUGAAGCCAUGGAACAACAAACAAUAUCCAUAACCAAAGCAGGAAUAACAACAAUUCUAAAUUCCAGGACUUCUGUAUUAGCUGCAACAAACCCUCCAUCAGGUCGUUAUGAUGAUCUCAAAAUUGCACAAGAUAACAUUGACUUACAGACUACAAUUCUUUCAAGAUUUGAGCUCAUCUUCAUUGUCAAAGAUAUAAACAUGUUCAGCCAAGACAAGAUUCUUCUUGUUGUUGGAGCUGAAGCUACUGCUCAAGACACUCAACAUGGAGGUACAACUCUGCAUACUGAUGCUAUGACUAAUGGUUUGGAGUUAGUUAAAAUUAUUCCUUAUGCGGGAGUUGAUGUGAACAUAAGGAAUGUGCAAAAAACCAUUCCUUUGCAUGUGGAAGUGGCAAGAGGAUCAAAAUCAUGUGUUAGAAUGCUUAUUUCUGCAGGUGGUCUGGUAGAAAAAGGCCUUCCCUUUCCUUUGCUGAGUAUUUCCUCAAUAGUUUCCUGCUUAGCAUCGCCCUCUCCAAAUCCAUUGCCCUUGUGA